AUGCCAAAAUUGUGCGUGGAGUAUUCCAAGUCGGGACGAGCCAAGUGCUCCAACACGUCAUGUGGCAAGAAGAUUGAGAAACACGAGCUACGAAUCGGCACCGAGGUAAUCAUGUCAUUUAACGAGGAGGGAGUAGAGUCGUGGAAAUGGCGCCACCUCUGCUGCUUCACGGAGCGACAGCUGAGCAAUGCAAGAAGCAGCGGUGACAUCGAUGCCAUUCAAGGCGAAGGCGACUUGGCACCUGCCGACAAGGUAUUCGUGCAGAAGAUGCGUGAAGGUAGGCUCGUCGGUGACACGUCCAUCCUUGGACGUAUCGGCGACGUUGCGCACUCCGCUGUGGCCGAGGAACUAAAGGAGAAGGGCAGCAAAGCCGCCAAGCCAAAGACAAAGGCGAGCGGCUCUGCGGUCGAUGGGGGCUUACCGUCCGCGUCUACAGGCGAGAAACGACCACGCGCGCCGCCGCGGAAAACAAAGAUGCCGAACACCAAGAUACAAGAUGAUGAUGUUGACUCCGAGGCGACAGAUGAGUACGAAGUGGCCGUCGAGGCUGUGACGGGAAAGCCAAAAUGCCCGUAUGGGGCCAACUGCUUUCGCACAAACCAGGAGCACUUCCGGCAGUACACGCAUGGCGAUGAAAACGGCACCGCAACUGAUGCUGCAGUCCCGUCUGACCACGGCGGCGCCAAACUGAAGCCCGUGAUAAAACGAAGAAAGCCGUAG